AUGGAGCCGGCUCUGGACGGCUCGGACGGGGCAGGGGCCCCGGAGCUGAUGGAGGGGCUGUAUGCCUCGGAGAGCACCCUGCACAGCAGUGUGGCCUUCCUUCGCAACACGCUGGCGGGGCUGGGCUUCUGCCAGGACCUCAACCUGCUCUCCACCGAGCCAUCGGAUGUGGUGUCCACCUGCAACACCAUCUACGGCCUGCUGCUGCAGCACCAGAAGGACUGCAAGUUCCGGGAGCAGCUGAAGCAAGACAUGCACCGCCUGCGGCUGGACAUGGGAGUUGCUGACAAGGAGCGAGGGCGGCUGGAGGCGCGGCUGGCGGCCAAGGAGCGGGAGAUAGGGGGGCUCACAAACAAGGCCAAGGCAGCCGGGGAGCAGCACCGGGAGGAGCUCAAGGCGGCGAAGAAGGAGGCGGAGGACUUGCAGAAGAAGGCGAGCGGGCGGGGCUGGGUCACCGGCUGCGAGCGGCGCAUCGUCCAGAUGCAGCACGAGAUCAAGCGCAAGGAGAAGGAGUAUGAGAGGCUGCAGGAGAGGCUGGCGCACUACCUGGCGGACAAGAAGCGCAGCGAGAAGGCGGCGCUGGACAUGGCGGGGAAGCUGACGCAGCAGCUGCAGGCGCGGCUCGGUUGGUGUGGCGUGUGGGGGUGGGGGUGGAGGGCGGACCAGGCGGGGGCGCGCGGCGGGCGCGGCGGCGCCGCCGCCGCCCUGCGCUCGGACGAGGGCCUCAAGGCGGUGGUGGCUGCCUACGAGGCCAAACAGGUGGAGCUGGGCAAGGAAAACCGGGACCUGAAGGCCGCGCUGGCAUCGCUGCAGGCCGAGUACAAGGAUGUGCUGAACCGGCAGGUGCGGCGCCAGCAGGAGGACGCAAGCACCAGCGUGGCGGCCGCCGCGGCCGAUGACGCCUUCCUGCAGAGCGUGCCCAGCAUGAGCGAGGAGGAGCUGCGUGCUGAGCUGGCGGCCCGCUCCAAGAAGCUGCAGCGCCGCACCUCCAACCUCGCCUCGCUGUCCGCCAGCGAGGCCGACUUUGCCACGCCGGGGGAGCAGCGCCUGUUCCGCGACCUGCAGACCACGCAGAGCGUCAUCCACGACCAGGAGCGGCUGCUGACGGCGGUGCUGGCCUCGCUGCGCUCCUCGCAGCAGGCCAAGGAGUCGCUGCACCAGGCCGACAUGCGGCGCAUGGCCCAGCACUACCAGGCCCAGCUGGCGGCCGCCGAGAGCGAGAUCCAGCGGGCCAAGGCGCAGCAGGCGGAGGCGGCGCAGGGCGAGGUGGAUGCACUGAGGGAGCAGCUGCUGGAGGUGAAGGGGGUGCUGCAGCAGCGGGCGGAGGCGGAGCUAGCGGCGGCGCGCGCCGAGGCCGAGGCCGCCGCCGCGGAGCUGCGCGCGCAGCUGGCAGAGGCGCAGGCGGCGGAGCAGGCGGCCGGCGCGCGCGCGGCCGCCGCCGCGGCCGCCGCCGAGCGCGAGGCGGCGGAGCGGCGGCGGGUGGAGGAGGAUCGGGGCGGGGAGCGGGCGGGGCUGGCGGCGCAGCAGGAGGCGGCCGUCGUCGCGCAGCAGCGCUUUGAGCUGGUGAAGAAGCAUUACGAGGCGCUGCUGCGGCAGUAUGCGCCCGGCAUCGGCGCCGGCAUCUUCCUGGAGCGAGCCAUCAGCCGCAAGGCCUCGGAGAUGGCGGAUCUGGAGAUGCAAGACUCGGCGGCGGCCCGCGAGGGCACCAUCCCCGCCGCCCUCUCCCAACGGUAG